GCGAUAUGAUGCAGAUGCAUAUGUAAGAUUAAUUAGUAUGGGUGAGAGGAACGCACGGGUUUAUCUACUUCCGACGCCGCCUCCACCCGACUGCCGCUGUUUAACCGAACGCUUGAAGUAUGAAGUAAUACUGCCAGUUUUCUAGUCCUGCUGGCCUUUGAUGACACACAUGGCUGAGCCGUCCUGUGGUGGGAGAAAGGGAUAGAAGAAUAAUACAAACCUGCGAUGGCUGCUAAACAAGACAGCCAUCACGGGGCCCCCUCCCCGACAAUCUCUGACUCCAGAAGCAUGGAGAGCCAAGAUACGAAAAAGCCAAGCUCCCUUGCGAGGAUGUAUGGCAAGAUGGAUAUCGACCUGCAGACGUUUUUGAAAAUGCUCAAAGCGGCGAUUCCGUCUACUGUCGCUGUUGCCAUGUAUCAAGCUGGGCCGGUAGCCAAUGAGUACAAGGAGCUAGGGUAUCUGAUUGGUGUCAUUGCUCUAUACAGUCGAUGCUGUGCUCCUCGGGGCAAAUACAUUCAAUUUCUGAUCCAGUGUCUCUUGUGCGUCUGUUUCGGCGCAGCAAGUGCUUUUCUGAUGGCUUACUGCUGUGUUGAAGCUCGAAAGCACACGUCAACGCCUGUCUCAGAAGCGGCCACCAGCGAUAAGCUCUCUGUGCCCUACAACUCUACAGCCUCUGCAGUCGCAGGAAUCUGGCUGUUUUUUCAAAUGUACAUUCUCAAUUCUUUGCGGGCAAAGAAUCCGCAACUCAAUUAUCCCGUCGUUAUGCAUAACAUGUUAUUUCAUGUGGCUGCCGUAAAUGCCCCAAGCUAUACCGAUGUGACAACUGGAACUGCCGCUAUAACGUUGAUUCUGAAGGCUACUCUCACAGGACUAGGACUUGCUACGGCAACUCAUUUCCUCAUUCUGCCGGACACCUCGAGGGAAGUUGUGUCUAAAUUAAUGGGGGACUAUAUCGAUGCGUUGCAAGGCACGCUCAAAGCGCAUGUAUCUUACUUUGAGUCUAUGGAAAGUAUUGACAUGUUUGUUAGAGUUCACACUUCUAAUCUCACCGAAGAGAAGAAACUGUACAGGACCAAGGCGGAUGCUAUCAAGGAUGCAGCUCGCAACAUGUCCAAAAUACACAGCAACCUCGGUAACGAGCUGCCCUUUGCCAAGCGUGAAGUGGCCUUUGGAAAGCUGGGCCCGGAUGACCUGGCGAGGAUAUUCAAGCACUUACGCUCCGCCAUGACCCCUAUCAAUGGCCUAAGUACUGUAGUGGAUAUUUUCGAGCGUCUAAUGAAAUGGAACAAUUGGGACAAACCCGUUGAACAUGGCGGUGUUGAUCCAAACAAAGAUGCUGUGCGUGCCAGAAUGGUGCAUGACUGGAAUAUGAUCAUGGGCUCUGCGCAUGACUCGUUUUCUCAAGUGAUUGAGGUUAUGAAUGAAGGACUACAGCAUGUUGCAUAUCAGUUGAGACUGAAAAAGAGACCAAAGAGAGACAGAGCUGUCAGAAAGGAUCCCGAGGCUUCUGCUAAAGUAAUGGCGCCAGGCGAUGAAGGGUUUGCUGAGUACGUCGAAGCGAAGAGCAAGGAAUUUUAUAUGUCAAGACUAGUAACUUUACGGGAGUGGUGUGUGGAUAAAGGAAUUGAGCUCCCUAAAGACUAUUUUGAUCGCCCGGUGGACCAGCCUAUUCAUCUUCCUGAAGACAUGCCUGGCGGAUUACCCCAAGAACGAAACGAGCGCCAAUUAUACAUCCUACUUUAUGUCGAACAUAUGUUGUACUCCUCCAGUCGCGCCAUUCUCGAUCUUGUUCGCUUUGCCGACGAACGAGUUGCCAGCGGAAAACUGCAGCGAAAUCGAGUGGUUGUACCGGGAAGUAAACAAUUUAGAAAAUGGAUUUUUAGUUUUUUUGAGGUUCAAGAUGACAGCGAGGACAAUGGCGAUGGAAGUUAUCAUCGAGCAAUGCUCGAUUUGGGCCAGGCGUAUCAGAAACGCAAAGACCCUGAGCACUUGCCGCCUGAAAAUACAAUAGAGAAAAUCGGAGAAGGCCUGCGAAUGAUACCUAGCUUUCUUCGAUCGACGAGGUCCCAGUUUGGCCUUCGAGUUGCCUUUGCAACGAUGUCAAUAGGAAUAAUUGCCUUUCUUGAGCCGUCUCGUUCCUUCUUCGUGAGCCAUCGCUUGGUAUGGGCUAUGAUUAUGACGACAAUCAGCAUGAGUCCUACAGCCGCCCAAACAAUAUCGAAUUUCGUCUUUCGCUGCGUGGGUACAAUCCUCGCAAUGAUUGGUAGUAUGUUGAUUUGGUAUAUCCCCAACGGCCACCCAGCAGGUGUCGUUGUUGUGCUUUUCGUCUGGACCACCAUCGCAUGGUGGGUUCCUUUAAAACGGCCUUUACUUCAGGUCGCUGGCAUUGUCGGUAUGACCACAACCCUUAUAAUCAUCGGUUAUGAAAUCGAAGUCCAGAAAUUAGGGAAAGAGACUAUGACCGCCAGUGGCCAAGAAUACUAUCCAACGUAUUUACUUGCUCCAUAUCGGUUGGCUGUCGUCAUUGGGGGCCUAUUUGUCGCUUUCAUUUGGACUGUAUUCCCCUUUCCGAUAUCAGAUCAUUCUGUCCUUCGACAAGACCUCGGCACGUCACUUUAUCUCUUGGCUAGGUAUUAUUCACUUGUGCACGAUACCAUGACUGCCCGCGCACGUGGUGACGAAGGUGAUUUGGCUCUCAAAACUUCAGCCGGCAGACGCCUCGAAAGAGCCAGGAAUAAAGUGUACGCAAAGCAAACAUUGGCUAUAAAUAGGCUGCGCACGUAUUCGAAUACAUUGAGAUGGGAGAUCCCUAUUGGUGGAAGAUUUCCGAAGGAGCAUUAUGAUCGUAUCAUCGAGUGUAUGCAAAACAUGGUUAAUUAUCUCAAUCUUGUGGAAUUCGCGUCCAAAACAUUUUCGUCGUCUUCGUCUUUCCCCCCUCCAUCUGACAGUCCGUCAUCUUCAGUAAGCAAAGAAAACAACGAAAGCGAAUGGUUCCACGACUUUAAGAAACUAAUAGCAACAACUGAAUCAACGUCUCACCGUAUCACUUCCGUUCUUGCCCUUCUUUCCGCAAGCAUAUCGAAUGCACAACCACUUCCCCCGUACCUAGACAUUCCACGACCAUAUUCCUUUAGCGAGAAGUUGAAGGAAGUGGAUAAGGAUAUCCUCAAUAUUAGCCACGCCGCUGAGCCUGGAUAUGCAGCGUUUAGUGUGCUGCAGAUUGCGAGUCGGUGCGUAGUGGGAGAUUUGGAGAAGCUGAUUGAGAGUGUGAAGGAGCUAGUUGGCGAAUUAGAUUUUUCGUUUCAUGUCAUAAAAACCUCUUCAAAAAAGGAGGAUUAACAUACAAUAAGAGAUACCAUUAUGUCAUUUGUAGAAGUAUACCAUCCCACGCGUUUGCACUGUUUG